GUCUUUAUAUGUGCAGUCCAAGCAAAGGAGUAGUUUUCUUUGAAAACCACAACGGAAGUUGUAUUCAUGUUAGCCGCUUGAUGCUUACCGGCGGAUGUUGUUUUCGGAUGGUCCAAUAAUGUCUGAAGUGAAUUUAGCUACAUUUGAAUGCUGUGUUAUCGUCUUAAGACGAAUCUUUUAGUUUUUAUCACAUUUUCUGUUGAUGCACCGGUUUUAGACAAUUAACAUAAUCGCCAAGGUAAUACCGUUGCUUUUAUUACUAUUUAUGAGCGUUAGUUUGAAGGUGGCUUACACGGAGCUAGGCUAGCAUCAACAGGGUUUGCUAGCAUCAGAUCUAAUUUUACCAGAUCUGGAUGCCUACAAUUCCCAUCCUGCCCAGUGCACAGUGACACUAUGGAUGAGGACACUCUGGAGGCAGCCAUCACUACCUAUGAAGCCCAGCUGCAGCAGGUGGAUGCCACCUUGGCGGCUGGCGUGGACCCCUCCCAGCAGCAUGACCUGCUUAAACUCAGAGAGGACCUGUGUCAGCUGAUAGAACUCACCAAGGCCAGCUUGUUGUCUUUCAGAAAGAGUCAGCUUCUGACCUCCCUGGAGGACAUCAAUGGAGCGAAGGCCAACACAGCCGAGGCUAACGCACAGGGCGAUUUGGAUUCCGAGUUUUCUGCUUUCUACGCUGAGCUGGGGGAGUUUUCGGGCAGCAGAUCUGAUGCAAAUGAGCCAGAUCAGGAGAGUGAAGGUGAUGUAGAUGAAGAAUGUGAAGAGGAAGAAGAAGAUGAGGAAGAGGACACACUGAGUGGCACCAAAGUAAGAGCACCAUACAGGACGUCGUGGGGGACACUGGAGUACCACAAUGCCAUGGUGGUGGGGGCAGAAGCACCAGAUGGAGAUGAGGCUCAAGUUAGAGUUUUGUACAUUUACCCCACUCAGAAGUCCAUGAAGCCCUGUCCGUUCUAUCUGGAGAACAAAUGUCGCUUCCCAGUUAACUGCAGGUUCUCCCAUGGUGAGGUGGUGUGUGUGUCAGAGCUCAGAGACUUCCUGGAUUGUGACCUCAGUAACCUUGAGGAAGGCUCGUCCUGUUUGGCUCAGCACAAGGAUGGCAUCUGGUACCCAGCCAGAAUCGCAGAUAUCAACAACGGCUUCUACACUGUCAAGUUUGACUCCCUGCUGCUGAAAGAGGCUGUCGUCGAGGCCGAUUGCAUCAUUCCACCGUUGAGAGAAGACGACCCGCUGUCCUCUGACUCAGACCAGGAUGACGGUGAUGAUGAUGAUGUGGCUUUCGCUAAAGUUAUGGACUCAGCUGAAGACCACGCAGCAAUAAAUACUACCAUUUUUGGAGGUUGGGAGGCCCACACGAGAGGCAUCGGAUCCAAGCUAAUGCUAAAGAUGGGUUAUGAAUAUGGGAAAGGUUUAGGGAAAACGCAGACGGGCCGAGUGGAGCCCGUCAUGGCUGUGCUCCUCCCCAAAGACAAGUUGCUGGACCAGUGUGCCGAGCUCACUCAGAGACGGCGUCAGAGCAAACAGCAAAAAGACGGCGGCGAGCAAGUGAGAAAACCAAAGCGGCGCCGGAAGCUCAGAGCGGCCAGCGGGGAGCGCCACACCGUCUUUGACUUUCUUAAUCACAAGCUCGGCGCCAAGAAGCAAGAUGCUGCCGAUGACGGGGCGGCAUCUGCAGCACUCAGUGGCGUGGAGGCCUACAAGGGGGGCAAAAGCACCAAGCGAAGUCUGAAUGUGAAACUGUUCCAGGCAGCCCAGAGGGUGGCGCAGACAGAGCGGGAGAUCCAGAACUUGACCCAGUCACUCAGCAGGCAGACGGGCAGGGACGCGUCCAGAGUGAAGCAGCUGGAAGAGAAGCUGUCGUCGGCUCGUCGGCUGCUGGCUCAGCAGAAGGCCCAGGAGCUGUCUAUCCAGAGAGAACACAACAAGGCCGACACGCACAAGAAGAUGACCGAGUUCUAAACUUUGUUUUUUUUCAUGGCUCUGCUGGGGAUUUUUCUAAUAUUGGUUGUUUUCCCACAAUAGACCGUACACACAAUGUCAUGAGCUUGUUUUGAGUUGGAAUGAUAUUUUUAAACAUCAUGUAUGUAUGAUGAAGUUUUAUUUCUUCACACUAAAAACACCAUUUUGAGACUUUAGCUGUGUUUUUCCUUACCUCUGUGGAAAGCAGCUCCUUAAGAAUUCAUUUCAGAAGAAUUUAGCCGUAACUCGUACGUUGCUGGUUGUAAUCUGCAGUGGUUUUUCUGUUUUA